UGGGUGUCAUUGGGCUGGAAUAACCAAUUACUGUGCUGUAUCUAGAUAAAUAAUUGUUUUGAAAUUAAUAAACAAUAGUGGUGUUUUUACUGUCUGGUCCAGGCAUCAGUCUAGGACCAGAGCAAUGGUAUUUGCCAAAGACCUGUUUUUGCAGGAGGCAAGAGUUCAUGCAUGCCAUGACCAGCCUCUCGAAACACUUCAUGAUAGUGGAUGUCAGAGCCACCUGGUGUCCAGUCACCUUAUUUUACUGGGAAACUGACAUGAGUAGAGAUUUCUUCUUUCAGAGAGGAGUGAAUUUCUACCCUGAGCGUGCUAGAGAUAUAUUUAAGCUGGAGAAAAAUAAAUCUUUGAAAGAUUGAGAAAUUGAAGGCCAUGGGGAACUGGUACAGAAGAAGAGUUGAGGCCAUUGUAGAUCAGCCAUGAUCAUUUUUAAUUGACUGGGCCAAGUUUUUAAGGAUCUGGUGGUCUACUGCGAGUGCUUUCUUGUGUUAUAGAUGAUGAUUCUUCUGACUAUAACGUCUAGAUUUAAAGUCACUAUUUCAAAGUAAUGUGCUCGUCAUUGAGGAUAGCGUAAGAAGAAAGUAUGUCAUGCAUAGGGUAGUGAAUUGUUGGAAUGCACCAGUCAGGCUCAGGCACUGAGUAUAUUCAGGGAGAAAUUAAUAGAUUUUUAGAUAUUAGAAUUGAGGCACUAAUUUAUAAAUUACUUUGAAUCAACUUCCACUUCAUUUUUUGAGAAUUUAUUGCAAAUUAUAACAGUUCAUUUCUUCAAAAGGAAUUUUUUUCAUUACCAUGCCAUAAAUCUGCCACCACUCUGUCAAAGGAACAGUGUUUCUCCUUAUUUAGAGGCACAAAAGACUAGAUGCAACACACAAAGCACUGGAGGAAUUCAGCAGGUCAAGCAGCCACUAUGGAGGGAAAUAGAAAGUCAAUGUUUUAGGUUAAGACCUGUCAUGUGGACAUCAUCGGCUGUCCAUUUCCCACCACUGACGCUGCCUGACCUGCUGAAUUCCUCUAGUGCUUUGUCUUUCUUCCUAUCUACUCUUUCAAGUCCCAUCUUCACUUUGAACAAUCCAAUUAAUUCUCCCAUAACCCUUAUUUGUGCAAGAUAAUUACAUUCACAUCUGUUAUGAAUUUGAAAGGCUGCUCAAAUGAUCAAGCACUCAUGCGUUUGGAUCAUCAACUUAAUCUGGAAGCAGAAUCAUUUCAGAAGAACGUACAGAGAAUUUGAGAAGUUGAGGUCAGUUAUGACCACAUCUAGAUUUUGGCUGUCUUUUCAAAAUGGACCAAAUGUUAUAUACAGGCAGCAGUCGGUAAGGCACUGUCAUCAUUUUAGUGAAUUACUACAACUAGAAGUUGUAAGGAAAUACAUCGGGGCCCUGAAAGAAGAAUACAAAGAAAUUAACGAUGGAACAAAUAGCAUACGGCCACAAAAUGAAGAAAGAAAACUUUUAAGUGCUCGUCAUGCUGAGCUCACUCCACUUAUACCUCUCUUGGAAGGGAUUCAUUCAUCAGAAAAAGAUUUACUGGAGUUGGAAUUAAUGUAUGAGAGUAUGAAAGCCAAUACUGACCAAGAGCUGAUACCAUUGCUCCUUGAAGAACGUCAGCAACUCAUCAAAAGCAUUGAAGUGUUGCAAGGAAAGCUCCUUCAGACUCUGGUACAGAGGGAUGAACACGACAAAAAUAAUGUGAUUCUUGAGGUGACGGCUGGAAGAACAACAGGAGGUGAUAUUUGCCAGCAGUUUACAAGGGAAAUAUUUGAUAUGUACAAAAAUUAUGCAGAAUACAGGAACUGGAAUUUUGAAGUACUGAACUACACGCCUGCUGACUAUGGAGGAUUGCACCAUGCUUCAGCGUGUGUUUCAGGGGAGAAUGUUUAUCGGUUCUUAAAACAUGAAGGUGGGACCCACAGAGUUCAGAGGAUUCCUGAAGUAGGCCUAUCAUCACGGAUGCAACGCAUUCACACCGGUACCAUGACCGUCAUUGUUCUACCUAAGAUUGAUGAGGUAGACAUUAAAAUAGAUGUCAGUGAUCUGAGGAUUGAUACAUUUCGAGCCAGAGGAGCAGGGGGGCAGCAUGUAAACACGACCGACAGUGCAGUGAGGAUCGUCCAUAUUCCAACAAGAUUAACAAUAGAAUGCCAACAGCACCGAUCACAGUUAGAAAAUAAAAAAUUGGCCAUGGACGCAUUGAAAGCAAAAUUACACCAGAAGGUUGAAGACAAAGAACUGGAGAGGAGGCAAAGUACCCGGAAACUGCAGGUUGGAACAAGAGCCCAGUCAGAAAGAAUUCGUACCUAUAACUUCACUCAGGACAGGGUUACAGAUCACCGAAUCAACUAUGUUUUGAGGGAUAUUAAGGAGGUGCUAUGUGGUGGCAGACAGCUGGAUGAACUGAUUAAUAAACUUUUGGAAUCAGCAGAAAAGGAAGCACUCCUGGAACUUAUAGAAACAAGUAAUAAAAAGGCUACAGAAGGUAGUUAAAGCUAAAAUAACCAAACCAAACUCAUCGUGGAAAACAUUCUGUUCAUGGCACAGUGCACACUGACUUGAGUAUCCAUGCGUAUUGGAAACUGGAAUAUUUGUUGCAAAGGAGGUCCAUUAAUUUUAUAGCUUUAUGGAGUUAAUGAUUAACCACCUUAAGUUUCAGUCCCAGUUGUUUUCCCUGAGUUACAGCUGGUCACUGCUUAGGUUUAGUCUGUCUGGGUUGCAGGAGUAAUGACAGAAUGACGGUUAUGGUUGUGAAGGAAUCCGUAAUAUAAACACUAGUUUCAAAUGGACAGCAGGGAAAUACAUUUCAACACAACCUGCUUGCUCUGUGCCUCAGGGAAACCAUUCAAUAAUGUGCAGUUUGACAGGAGUUCCCUUCUGAUGUAGGUAUAAUUGUUUUCAAGAUAUUGUCUGAAUAAUAUUGUUAUGCAGUUACAAAACAUCUAGAUUGACGCAUAACAAAUUGACCAGCCUGAGCCUGCGAGGGAAAUCAGUUCAGCUCCCUCUUUACGCAUAAAGCAGAAGACUUCCAAAGUAUUAAGUGAAACCUUAAUGGGUAUGUACCAUGUAUUAGCCAUUUAAUAAUAAAGAAGCUGUAUAUUUGUUACUAUUUAUUCCCCCCACUGCAAGUCUUAAUGCAUUUAUUUUUCCACUACAAUAGAAACACAGCAACCUACACGUAGCUGGUAAAAUUGCUGCCUCUCAGCACCAAUGGUCUGGGUUCAGGCUUGAACUUGGUUGCUGUCCGUGUGGAAUUUCAAACGAGAAAAUCUGCAGAUGCUGGAAGUCCAAAACAACACACAUGCUGGACGAUCUCAGCAGGCCAGGCAGCAUCUGAUGAAAAGUGUAAAUCAUUUGAAAUUUCAGGCUGAAACCCUUCUUCAGGACUGUGUGGAAUUGACAUGUUUUCUGUAGACAAAGUGUGUUCCUAUAAUGUGGGCUCCAGCAUCAUAAAGAGGUGCAGGUUAGCUAGUUAAUUAGCAACUAUAAAUUGCCCCAAGCAUGUAGCUGAGUUAUAGAAUGUUGUUGGGCUUGUUUUGCUGUUGUUCUUUCAUUGUUUGUUGUGUCCUGAAAAUUAUGGCCAUGCUAUGAUGACAAUACUCAGGGGCUGCCCAUAGCUUGUUAACACAAAUGGCACCUUUCACUGUGUUUUGAUGUACUUGUGAUAUAUGAAUGUGGGUAGAGUAAACAAUUGGAUUCGUAUAGAUAGGUGCUUGAUUGUCAAUAUGUAAUCAGUCAAGUUCAAGUUCAAAUUUAUUGUCAUUCAACCUGUAUACGCCAAAUGAAACAACGUUCCUCUGGACCAAGGAGCACAACGCAGUAUAUAAAACUCACUCACAUAACACAAAGUAAUAUUGCCACUAAUUAACAAAUAAAAAGGUGCAUUACACAUGUUUUUAAAAAAAAACGAACAGUACUGGUGCUUCAUGCAUGAUGAGACCUGGGUAGUGGCAGGGAAUUCAGUAGACUAAUGGCCCUAGGGGAAGAAGCUGUUUCCCAUCCUAACAAUCCUUGUUCUAAUGUCACAGUAACACACAUCA